UGUCUCCGUCUUGGUUCCACCAUUCAUGUUGGACUGAAGUCCUUUGGACUCACAGCUGCGUCGCCUGAAUUUGAUCCAGUUUCUCUCAGAAAAAUUAAUUUCCUUUCUGAUCUGAAACUUUUAAAAUGUUGCUGUUCUCAUGAUUAAUGGAUCGCCCUCGGCACGUGCGGCUGAAACUUUUACAGCCCGUCUGCAGGAGGAAGAGGAGGAGUGUGUGUGUGUGUGUGUGUGUGUGUGUGUGUGUGUGUGUGUGUGUGUGUGUGUGUGUGUGUGUGUGUGUGUGUGUGUGUGUGUGUGUGUGUGUGUGUGUGUGUGAAUACUUGAGGGAGAGUUGCGUGUUGAGUGGGUGGGUUGGCCCGGACUCUGCAGUGCGCUCUCCUCCCGACUCAGUGGGAACAUCAUGAGUCUGUGGGUCGUCCAGGGGAGCGGCCCGCUUUCUGGGAACUGAGUCCAGAUCAGGCGUCCGACCCGGCGAUGCCAUGCUGGCUCAGAGGAGCGGGCUGCGGGAUGCGGAGAAGAGCGCCGGAGGCUGCUGCUCCUUCUCCUCCUCCUCCUCUUGCCCCUGGGCUCGGCUGGCCGGCGCGGACGGCUGCCUGUCGGAGCCGUACUGCCUCUGGUUCCAGCUGCUGGCCCGCGCCUACUGGGGCGACGUGGAGCUGGGCGUCUCCGGCCCGAACCGUGGCGCAUCCUGGAAGAGCCGCAUCCGAUGUCGGGCAAAGCAGAAGGAUGGGCGGGAUCAGAGCGAGACGUCGGCCACCGUUACUCCCGGGGCCGAGGAGGAGCCGUUCUCCUGGCCGGGGCCGAAGAUGCUGCGCCUGCGCCGAACGUCGCAGGGCUUCGGCUUCACGCUGCGCCACUUCAUCGUUUACCCGCCAGAGUCCGCCGUCCACAACUCCCUGAAGGAUGACGAGAACGGCAGCAGAGGGAGACAGAGGAACCGCCUGGAGCCAAUGGACACCAUUUUCGUCAAGCAGGUGAAGGAGGGAGGCCCCGCCCACGGAGCUGGACUCUGCACAGGGGAUCGGCUUGUGAAAGUGAACGGAGAAAGCAUCAUUGGGAAAACUUACUCCCAGGUCAUAGCCCUGAUCCAGAACAGCGAUGCCUCGUUGGAGCUCUGCGUGAUGCCAAAAGAUGAAGACAUUUUGCAACUGUUUUCCAGGGAUAUCACUGCUCUGGCGUAUUCCCAGGAUGCAUACCUCAAAGGAAAUGAGGCGUACAGCGGAAAUGCCCAGAACAUCCCGGAGCCGCCUCCCAUAUGCUACCCUCGGAUCGAGCUGAAGGCGGCGAUGGCGCCGCCGCCCGACCCGGGGCCCGCCAGGCGACCGGUCCCCACGGACAACAGCAGCCGGCCCGAGAUCCCUUCCGUCAGCAACGAUGGCACCAGGACUCCGGCCGAUCCAGUGGACCGGGGGUCCCGGUUGGCUCGGGCCGGACCCAGCCACCGGACCGAGGAGAACCGGUACCGCUCCCCAGCAGACCGACCCAGACCUCUCGCCACAGGAUGUCCGCCGUACCCAGAGCCGUUCUCGCCGCUGGUACGAGCGCCGCUCGCCGCCAUGUCGACGGACACGUUCUCCACCGCCACCUCUCCCACCGCCAACCACUGCUCCCCGUCGCCGACCACCUCACCCCACCAGAACAUCGACUGGCGGACCUACACCACCUACAAGGACUACAUCGACGCCAAGCGGCUGCACACGUACGGCUGCCGCACCAUCCAGGAGCGCCUGGACAGCCUGCGAGCUGCUGCCAACUCUGCCUACGCCCCGAAGGCCGCCAGCGCCGCCGCCUCCCAGGUCCGACAGAGGAGCGCCUCCAAUGAGCGCGGGCCGGCGGACCCGACCGCACCGCUGCCGCUCCGCAGCGCCUCCCAUGAGCGGCUGGGCGGCCCGCCAGACAGAACUUCCCGCCACUGGCCUCGGAGCGCCUCUCAGGAUGCUUUACCGUUCCCCGGCGCCGCCCGGGUCGCAAAACCCCGAGCCAGGUCCUGCGACCACAUCAAUCACAAAAUGGAGGACAAACAGGAAACAAGCAGGAGGAGUUUACCUCCUCCAAAGCCGGAGCAACGGCUGUCGAACUCGCCUGAUGUUGCGAAAGGUACAACAGAUUCUGCACUAGCGGUCAGAGUGGACGGCCUCAUAAUGAGGCCUUCGCGCCUGCCCGUCAAAAACUCCCUCUGCGACCUUUCCCCCGCCUCGUCCGCCAUUAAAACCACAGAGCCUCUCCGAGACCAAAGAGCCAACGCUGUGGGGAACCACCUGGGCUUCUCCCCGCUGAACCUGCAGCUCCGUGGCCGAGCCGACAGCCUGAAGACAGAGAACCGGUCUGAGUCGGGAUUAGCUUCCAGGUCAUCGUCCUGCUCCGGCGCCGCCUCCAGACUGCCCACGCUCAGGCCGAUGAAGAGCGAAGUCCUCACAAUAUCCUCAACUGCCGCCGUAGCCCAAAAACCAGUCGUCAAGGAGACGCCAGAGCGGACUAACGGCGGUCUCUCAGAGGGCGUCGAAGGACCGGAUGCCACAGUUGUUGUCCUACGAAGAGACAAGACCUCCGGAGUUGCCCGCGCCCGGCCUCCGUCCUACGUCAUCGACAGGCAGCGAGAAGUAAAGUCGCCGCCGCUAUUGAAGGCGGGAUCAGCGGACGCAGCGAUAUGCUGGGCGUCCAAUGAGACGCUGCUCAGGAGGCUGGGAGACACGAGGCACAAAUCCGGCUCCAGCAACCUGAAUGACUCCCUGGACUCCAUCCCCUUCAUAGACGAACCGUCCAGCCCGAGCAUCGACCAGGACAGCACGCACAUUCCCGCAUCCGGGGUGAUCUCAACUCCCCUCAUCACCACCAUCCCACCCAGCCCCACGUCUUCCUCUCCUCUCAUUCGACGCCAUCUGUCACACGAUCAAGAUUCUCUUCAUCUCUCAGUUAUCGGGUCAGACUCUGGUACCAAAUCUGAACGGUCCAAAUCGUACGAUGAAGGCAUCGAUAACUACCAUGAGGAAAGCAGAGGGAGGUCUCUGCUUCCUGGACUGAAAAGUUUGAGGAAGGCUGUAGACAGGUCAUCAGAAGAUUCUGGGUCCAGACGAGAUUCCUCAUCAGACGUCUUCUGUGAUGCCACCAAGGAGGGUUUGCUACAUCUGAAGCAGCUUCAUGCAGAUAAGGGAAAGCGUGUCGGAGGAGGAAACCGGCAGUGGAAACAGAUGUACGCCGUGUUGAGAGGCCACUACCUCUGCCUGUACAAAGACAAGAAGGAGGGCCAGGCUCACGCCAGCUGCCAGACCAUAGAGGAGCCGCUGCAGAUCAGCAUCAAGGCCUGUCUGAUCGACAUCUCCUACAGCGACACGAAGCGCAAAAACGUCUUGAGGCUGACCACGUCGGACUGCGAGUACCUGUUCCAGGCGGAGGACCGGGAGGACAUGCUGGCCUGGAUCCGAGUCAUACAGGAGAGCAGCAACCUGGAUGAGGAGAACGCGGCUUUCACCAGCCAUGACCUCAUCAGUCGGAGGAUCAAGGAGUACAACACCUUGAUGAGCCCGACAGGCAGUAAGACCGAGCCGUCGCCCAGGGCGUCGCGCCAGUCGCUCAGCAUCAGACAGACGCUGCUGGGAGGCAAAGGAGAGACCAAAGCAACGAGUCCGCACUCACCCAAACCCGAGCAGGAGAGGAAGGGCAGCCACAAAGAUGACACCAGCCCUCCCAAAGACAAGGGGACGUGGAGGAAAGGCAUCCCUGGGCUGAUGAGGAAACCCUUUGAGAAGAAACCGUCUCCUGGAGUCACAUUUGGAGUCAGACUGGAUGACUGUCCUCCAGCUCAGACCAACAAGUUUGUGCCUCUGAUCGUGGAGGUUUGCUGUAAGCUGGUAGAGGAGAGAGGGCUGGAGUACACGGGCAUCUACAGGGUCCCCGGGAAUAAUGCUGCCAUCUCCAACAUGCAGGAGGAGCUCAAUAACAAGGGCAUGGGCGACAUCGAUAUCCAGGAUGAUAAAUGGAGGGACCUCAAUGUGAUCAGCAGCUUAUUGAAGUCCUUCUUUCGAAAGCUUCCUGAGCCCCUGUUCACUAACGAUCGGUACGCAGAUUUUAUCGAAGCCAACAGGAUAGAAGAUCCAGUGGAGAGACUGAAGGUGCUCAAGAGACUGCUUCAUGAGCUUCCGGAUCAUCACUACGAGACGCUGAAGUUCCUCUCCGCUCAUCUGAAAACUGUAGCUGAGAACUCCGAGAAAAACAAGAUGGAGCCGAGGAACCUGGCCAUCGUGUUCGGCCCCACUCUGGUGCGCACCACCGACGACAACAUGACCCACAUGGUGACCCACAUGCCCGACCAGUACAAAAUAGUGGAGACUCUCAUUCAGAACUACGACUGGUUUUUCACCGACGAAGGGAACGGAGAACCAGUGACUGUUUCCCACGAAGAGAGCGCCAUCGAGUCUCAGCCCGUCCCCAACAUCGACCACCUGCUCACCAACAUCGGCCGCACCGGCACGUCGCAGGGCGACGUCUCAGAUUCACCAACUAGUGACUCAGCUAAAUCAAAGGGUUCCUGGGGUUCUGGGAAGGACCAGUACAGCCGAGACCUCCUGGUCUCCUCCAUCUUUGCUGCCGCCAGCCGCAAAAGAGGGAGAUCAAGGGAGAAGCCGCAGCCUAGCAGCUCUGACGACGAUCUGGACGCGGUCUUCCCCAGAAAGGAGGUUCCUUCGGGGCAAAAGCCGAACCACCACCCGCUGCAGGGCGACAAACCGAGGGCUGAGGAGAGAAAGGAGAACGGCAGAACCAUCCACAGAAACUCGUUAUUCCAGAAAGAGAAGACUCCUCCCCGACGGGCCUCGCCGUCGCCAAUCAUCAGCGACCAAACGGCGGCGCAAAGGAAGAUUUCCCUGUCGGAUCCACUGUCCCAGCUGGAGGAAAACACCUCUGACCUUGGCACCAUGAGCUCUGGGGCAUCUGUCCCCAGAUCAAGGCCCAAGAAGUGGACGGGUGGAGCCUUCGUGGACCUGCCGGCGUCGGCCGGAGCCGAGGUGAGCUCCAUCACCUCCGACUACUCCACAACCUCCUCCAUCACCUUCCUGACCGGUGCUGAGUCUGGCGUGCUGAGUCCGGAGCUGCAGGGCGGGGAGGAGGCCGACGACGAGCGCAGCGAGCUCAUCAGCGAGGGCCGACCCAUGGAGACGGACAGCGAAGGCGAGUUCCCGGUGUUCGCGCCGGGAGGCGGCAGCGGCCAGUCCACGCCUCGCUCCACGCAGAGUCAGGAGAAACCCAUCGGCGGCGCGCAGAAACAGGAAGCGCGCCGCCUUUUCCCCACGCAGCGCAUGAUUGAGUGCGACACUCUGUCCAGACGGUGGUCGCUGCGGCAUAAAACCGACAGCGACUCGUCGGCGGACGGCGCGGCGGGGACGGAAGGGAGAGCAGAGUCUUCCAGCCGCUUGUCUCGAGUCUUGGAGGUGAUGAAAAAAGGCCGGUCGUCAAGCAGCAUCAGCUCUUCUUCACGCAGCGAGUCGGAGCGGCCCGAACCAGCCUGGCACCUGAAAAUCACCGAGCGGCUGAGGUUCAGGAUCCGAUCAUCCGCCGAUGACAUGUUCGCCACAAAGAGUCAGACACCCGACGCUCGGAGCAAGAAGAAGAACAUCCGGCGGCGGCACACCAUGGGCGGGCAGAGAGACUUCGCAGACCUGGCGGUCAUUAACGACUGGCGGGAGCAGGGCGGCGUCGACCAGAAGGCCGACCUCUCGCCGCUGGACCGUCUCAAACCCAGGUGCUCUUCUCAGGACCUUUCCUUCCGGGACUGGAUUACCCACGAACGGCUCCGCGGAUCCAAACCGAGCGCGGAGGUAGCGCCCAAAGCGGAGCCGGAGGACGAUCAUCCCGAAGCACCGGAAAAACCCGAAAAACCUCCGCCGGCGACCGCGGAACAUGUUAACGGUGGCGGGAUGCGGGACACAAAUAAAACCCAGCCGACAUCAGACGCUCACCCGCACAAACUGUCCGGAGCGCAAGUGACCCGCUCACGGUUUUACCAGUACCUGUAGACAGAAAAAACCCGACCAGAGUGUGUGUUCAGGCGUCAAUGUGUGUAUUUUAGCACAAUAUUUUUAUACUAAAAUAUACUUUCUGUAUCUAAUGUACAUACUGUGUAUAAGCUCUGAUGAUUGUUACUAAACUAAUAAAGAUGAUGAAGUUCUCUGCCAUACUCGAACCGAGCCGGAAAGGAAUUGUGAACUUUCUCCAACAGAACCGACCCGAGAGUCUUUACUUCGUCACAUGGUUCAGUUCUUCCUCAUAUAUGAAGAAUGUAUCACCUAGGGCUGGGCGACCUCUGCAUUUCAUGGUUUUUGAAGAGUUUAUUGUUGGAAAAUGGAAAUUUAAAAAAAAAUUUCCACCAAUACACUCCUGAGGUUUUCAUAGUGACGUCAGCACGCCCAAAGCCGCCAUCUUGGAUUUAGAUCAACUUCAUGAUUGUCAGGGUAAAGCUAGGAUUUUUUUAAUUAUAAGAAUAAAGUUGUGCCACAACAAAGUUGAAAUAUUGUCCAAAUCAAGUCGUAAUAGAAUAAAGCAGCAAUUUUAUUAAAAUUGAAAAAAGAAAGUAAUGAUGUAAAUUUUUACAAAUGAAAGCACUUUUUAACACAUUAGCACAAAAUUAUUGAGCAGCAGGAUUUUGAAACGAUCGUGCAAUUGAUUUUAAUUUAAAAUGUCUUUUAAACGGACAAUUAAAACGUAAAUUUGCACCUUUAUUCUGCUAAUAUUAGGACUUUCUUCUUAUAAUUAAAGAUUUAAAAAAUCAUACACGACCUCUAAAAUCAGACUCACAGAAGGGAAAAUAAAAAUAAUCAAGUCUUAGAUAAGCGGUAACAAAAUUGAUUAAAAUCGGACCUGGUACAUGUAAAUAAACUGAUUUUGUGCCGUUUCGCCCAGCCCUAGCAUCUCUUUCUGGGCGAAUGUUACUGUCUGUUUUUGUUCUGUUUGUACUUGAAGUACUGAGGAGUACCAAGCUGCUUUCUGAGCUGCGUCCUGCGGGAAGUUUCUUUUCCGCAGCACAUAAACACCGGCCAGAUAUUAGCUGGGACAACUGGAGGAUGGUUAUAGUUUUAUCUCUAAAAAACAAAAAAAGUGGGCUAAGAAACGGUAAUGAUGAAAUGCUGACGCUAUCGUAUGUAAUUCUUUGGUACAUUAGUUUUUAUUUCCAAAAAAAAAGUUUGUUUUUACUUGUGCAAGUUGUUUUUAUCUCAAAAAGAAAAGUGCCUCCUUUGUUUUCUUUCUAAAAGUCGUUUUUAUAAAGUUAUUCACAGGACAGUUUUAAACCAGAAAUCCAGUUUUCAGUCAAAUUUACAACAAUGGUUUUGUGUUUUUAAAGUGCAGUAAAAGGCACCAGCGCCUUUAACUGGGGAAAAAUGUAUAAACUGGGUUUUAAACCUGUAUGAUACGAAUGUUUGCUGCAGCAGAGCAUGAGUUCAGUGCCCCCUCGUCCCAACAAACACUGGAAAUAAAUAAAAAUCUUAAGUACA